AUGGCAUCUUCAGAUCAAGAGCCCUCUGGAACUAGCCCCAGUUUUGGUAGAAGAGUUUUCAAGGCCUUCAAGGCCUUACUUGAGAGGAUGUCCGGAAAAGUCGUAGAGUUUUCAAGGAAGCUAAAGAAACUAGGACAAGAUGAUCCGAGAAGGAUUAUUCAUUCUUUAAAAGUAGGUUUAGCUAUCACAUUGGUCUCUCUAUUCUACUACUUUAAACCACUCUAUGAUGGUUUUGGCGUUAAUGCAAUAUGGGCUGUUUUAACCGUUGUUGUUGUGUUUGAGUUUUCCGUAGGAUCAACACUAGGAAGAGGUUUGAAUAGAAUUUUGGCAACUUUGCUGGCCGGUGGUCUUGGCCUUGGAGCUCAUCGUUUAGCGACUCUUUCUGGAGAGACAGGAGAGCCCAUACUCAUUGCAAUCUUUGUCUUUAUAAUAGCUGCAAUAGUAACGUUUUUAAGAUUCUUACCCCAAAUGAAGGCGAGGUACGAUUACGGGCUAAUGGUAUUCAUAUUGACCUUCUGCUUGGUCUCGGUAUCCGGCUAUCGCGAUGACGAGGUGAUUCAAAUGGCAUUCAGAAGGCUUACCACAAUCAUGGCUGGUUGCUUUACUACUGUGAUCGUCUGCAUUGUCAUCUGCCCCGUAUGGAUCGGAGUCGAGCUUCACAAGUUAGUUGUUGGGAACUUGGAGAAGCUUGGAAAUUUCUUAGAAGGAUUCGCAGAUGAAUACUUUCAACAAUCUUACGCUGGGGACUCAAGGGAUAAGUCUUUCCUUGAAGGAUAUAAAAGCGUUCUCACUUCAAAGAGCAAUGAAGAAACCAUGGCUAAUUUGGCUAGAUGGGAACCACGUCAUGGUCAGUUCAGAUUCCGUCAUCCAUGGAAACAAUACCUGAAAGUUUCUAAUCUUUCUCGGCAAUGUGCCUACAAGAUCGAAGCACUCCACGGAUACCUUCAAUCGGAGAUUCAAACACCACAAGAAGACAGAAGCAAAAUCCAGGAACCAUGCAAAAUUAUUAGCUCAGAAUGUGGCAAAGCCUUGAAGGAAUUGGCAUCCACAAUGAAGAAAAUGAUAAGAUCAUCAGCACUGGCGCAACCCCAUAUCACAAAAUCGAAAGAUACCCUCGAGAAUCUCAAAACCAUGCUCAAGUCGGGCCAGAUUUGGAAAGAUUCCGAUAUCCUGGAAAUAACUCCGGCUGCUGCUGUGGCUUCUCUCUUGAUGGAAGUUGUUUCUUGGACGGAAAAAGUCGCCGAGGCUGUUUGUGAGCUUGAAUCUCUUGCCCAUUUCAAGAGCCCCAAGCCUAGAGUGACACCUGAAGAUUUGCCACAAGUGAUUGUUGAUUUUUUGCAGGAAAUAAUAAUUGGUGCACCUGAUGAUCAUGUCAUUACAAUUGAUGGACCAUCUGAUCGUUGUUUGAUGAGGAAUUCAUCUAGAGUAGCAAAAGGUUCACGGAUCCAUUCGUAG